CAAAGCUCUCUGCAGUUACUUUCAGGUCGUUAGAGAUGGUUCUUCUACGGUAGAUCUGUAGAUGAUAAGUAGCUACAAGUCAGAAGCCUGGUCUCUAUAUGAAGUUAAAGUCAAGAUCACCAUCAUCUGCUACGAUGGAAACAGUACAGAUAAAUACAAAGCCAGAGACCUUGCACAUCAAUGGCUCAGAAAAAUAUUACCAUCCAACAAAUACUAUUUGUACAGAGUCUCUGUGUCUGUGUCAACCAGGCCAUUUCACACUCUUAACAUUGUUGGUGAGACAUACGAGGAAGAGGGCCAGGACAAACCAAAAUUGCGGGCUGAAUUCAAUACAAACAACUUUGACUGCCUGGUCCACCUGAAUGUUAUCCCCAGCUCUGAUGUCAGUACAGUGCAGAAACAGGUCUCUCUUUUGCUGAACACACAUCAUAACUCCGGACAUCUCACACUAGUGGCUAAACCCCACAGCAUCCAAGUGAACGCUGUAGAGGACUUCCCCCGAGCCACACACAUUCCUCCCAUUGACAUAGUCACUGAAGCCUCUUCUGACACAACCACAGACCUUAGUGUCACGACUGGUGGCAAACUCUCAGACAUAUAUUUCGAGGUUGAUGCGAACGUGACCCUUACUGGGUCCUGUGACAAUCCGAGACAGACUAUCAUUAACUGGCUGUAUGGCACUCUACCUGCUGAGAUGUCUGUUCUGACCUUCCAGCUUUUGGUAAAGGCAUACAGUGUGCAGCAUCCAUCUCCACGAUCAAACACGACUGAUUCUGAUAGGUGCCACUCUUUCUUACAGCCUUCCUUGCUCAAAACGUCAAGACACGGCUGCCUGUUCCGGGUGCGGGUGACAACGUCAUCAAGUCAAGAGGAGACAACAACAAGGAUCCGUACCCUGCUGGAGAAGAUAUACACCAAUGACCUUAUAACCAUAGAAACCAAGUCCAAGGACAUCAAGAUCCGUCAUAUACGGAGUUGUCUUGAGCACCGCCACCAGACCAGACAUGGCCUGUUUGUAUGGCCGGUCACCUGGGCCCCCCAGACUGCCACGCUGCCAUGUCAGGGAGACCCCAGCAAGACAGCUACCAGGCUCUGUCUGUUGGGUAUAACAAUCAGUUGGGGCAUCCCAGAUCUGCACCAGUGCCCAUUUGUGGUUGAGACCAUUACAGACCUAGACAACAUUGAAGUCACUCCUGAGAACGCGAUGGAUGUGGUAGAGAUGAUAGAGAGCCUGCUGGAGGACCAUCCACACCUCAACUGCACUGAACUUGACACCGUUCUCACGAAACUCAAAAACAUUGUUUUCAUCAGCUGGAUGACCCCACCUCUGGGCAAAGCUAUCAUCAGCAUCAUCUCAGACAUGUUGGAGUCUAAGAGCUACCUGCAGCAUGUCACCAAUCAAAUACUGAACAUUACAGAGAUGGUUGGGGACAAGAUGUCUUGUUUUUCCCAGACAAAUUACACUUUGGUUGCUCCUGCGAUGGCGAUCUCUGUGGUGGAUGUAGAUCCUGUCCAGUUUCAGAGCCUCACCUUUGGCGUCUCGUCAACGGCAGAGGGCCUGAACCCUGAGAUUUAUAUCAACAAGGAUCCAUUCAAAGGGACAGUUGCAUUAAUCUCCCUACCAUCAGCCUUGAAGUACAGCUUUCCUCAACACAGUGGUGCCCAGCCGCGGGUUCAGUUUCAGUUUUAUGGAAUCCCAACUCUCUUCAUGAACAACCCGAGUGGGAAGAUCCUGAACACUUAUGUGGUCUCAGCCAGUGUCACCAAUGCCAGUGGCCCCAUCAAGGACCUAGAGGAGGAUGUUGAGGUGACACUGCAUCACCUGAUGUCCAAUACACUUGGCAAGGGGGUGCAGUGUGUCUACUGGGACUUCAAUCAAAAUGAAGGAAAUGGAGGAUGGGAACAGCAUGGAUGCAGGAAGCACAACACCAGUGCUGACUAUACCACAUGCCUGUGUGACCACCUCACUCAUUUUGGAGUACUUCUGGACGUAUCCAGGACUCCAGUCGACAUACCAAAUGAGGAAAUUCUGACCAUCAUAACUUAUUUGGGCUGUGGUGUAUCCUCCCUCUUCCUGGGAAUCACUGUAUUGACAUACACAGCAUUUGAGAAGCUCCGCAGAGACUAUCCAUCUAAGAUCCUCAUCAACUUGUCUCUGGCGCUGCUGGGGCUCAACAUGGUUUUCCUUGUCAACUCCUGGCUCUCCUCCUUUGGCAGCUAUGGGCUCUGUGUGGCGGUGGCUUCCACACUGCACUACUUCCUGCUGGCCUCUUUCACUUGGAUGGGCCUGGAGGCUGUGCAUAUGUACUUUGCCUUGGUCAAAGUCUUCAAUGUUUAUGUGCCAUCCUACAUCCUAAAGUUCUGCGCGCUAGGAUGGGGAAUCCCUCUGGUUAUGUGUUGCCUUGUUCUGGUUAUGAAGAGAGAGUCUUACGGCAGUUCCCUCGGCAGUGAGUCCAUAGAACCACUGGAUAACCCAGAUGCGUUCUGCUGGAUCCAAGAUGAAGUGACUUUCUAUGUGUCUGUGGUGGGCUACAUUCUGCUGGUGCUGCUGUGCAACAUGGCUACCUUCGUUGUGGUCCUGGUCCAGAUCCGCCACAUGCGGGUCAAUCAGCCAACCGGCAUCCACAGCGGCCUCUUUCUGCAGGACCUGAAGGGGGUGUCCAGUCUCACCUUCCUGCUGGGUCUCACCUGGACUGUGGCUUUCUUCGCCUGGGGGCCAGCCAAGGUUCCCCUCAUCUACGUCUUCUGUGUCCUGAACAGUCUGCAAGGGUUCUUUAUAUUCCUGUUCCACUGUCUGAUGAAGGAGAAUGUGAGAAAACAAUGGAGAAUCCAUUUGUGCUUUGGAAGCUUAAGACUUCAAGAAUACUCUGAAUGGAGCCAUACUGCCACAGUUGGUGCCAAAUACAGGCCUAACCCUCUGGUGCGCAUGCCUUCUGUGAGGUCCAUCAAGUCCAGUGCCACAGACAGCACAUCUGCCUCCUCCGACUCCAGUCAACGACAGGUCUCCAUCAGAAGACCUAACUUGGACCUCGUGUAUGUGAAUAGCUUUGCACUACCACGCGUCCAAUGCAACGCCACUCCUCUUCCUCACAAGAGGGCCUCUUUCCCAGAGGAGGGGAACUACGAGGGGCCCACUUGGCAAGACGGAUCUCACCCAAGACAUCGGCUACCCAUCCCUUAACACCUUUCAAAUACAGCAGGGAGGAACACCUUUUAAUUUGUGCUAACAAACAAAGAUUGUAAGUCAACUUGUGCAAUCAGCGUGUGCAAUCUGAAAUAUCAGACAUAGCUUGCUUUUGUCUGACUUGGCAGCUUGUGCUUUGACUCAAUCUUAAUGGGACAUGAAUGCACUUGUGAAGGAAGUGCAUUUGUGAAGGAAGUUUUGGACAUAAUAUGAAUGUUUUUAUUUUAUUCUUACAUUGGAACAAAUAAAAAUGAAGUUCAUUGUGAUGAUCUAGCUGAUGUCCUGAUGUCCAUCCUUACUGAUAUAUUAAUUGUACUGAAGGUGUGACAAAUUAGACUAGUCUGUAAACGUGUGUAAAACUGACAAUAAAUGACAUUGACUGCAA